CUUAGUACUAUUUUCACUAGAGUUACACACAUCGACUACUCCACACAUCCACCAUCAUGACCGCGGUUCUGAUAACAGGCGCGACCGGCAAACAGGGAGGCUCUCUCAUCCGAAACCUCAUCUCCCGAAAAUCUCCCUUGGAGAUCUUAGCCGUCACGCGAGACUCCUCUUCUGCUUCGGCUCAACGGUUGAAACAGCUGUCUUCCAACAUCAAACUAGUAGAAGGCAACUUGGACAACCCGGCAGACAUCUUUCGCAAUGCACGCGCCCAGACAUCGUCUCCGAUCUGGGGUGUCUUUAGUGUUCAGGUGGCCAUCGGCAGCAACGUCGAUGAGGAAGCACAAGGAAAGAAACUGAUCGAUGAGGCCCUCAAGCAAAAAGUCAAGUACUUCGUCUACAGCUCCGUGGAUCGUGGCGGGGAACGUUCCUGGAACAACCCGACCGAUGUUCCUCACUUUCUGAGGAAGCAUCACAUCGAGCAUCAUCUGGUGAACAAAGCUAAGGGAACCGAUAUGGACUGGGUUAUUCUGCGCCCCGUGGCCUUCAUGGAUAACAUGGUCCCUGGUUUCCUGGGUAAGGUCUUUGCGACGUCCUGGAAAAUGGCACUGAAGGGGAAGCCUCUUCAGGUGGUUGCUGUCAGCGACAUUGGUCACUUUGGCGCAGAAGCCUUUCUUAACCCGGAUGAGUACAAGGGUCGGGCAAUCUCGUUGGCGGGAGAUGAUUUGACCUUCGAUCAGAUGGCACAGGUAUUUCAGCAGAAGACCGGUCAGCGGAUACCCAUGACAUUCCAGUUCGUGUGUUCCUUGCUGUUAGCUGCUAUCAAGGAUAUGGGAUAUAUGUACAGAUGGUUUCAUGACGAAGGUUACCAGGUUGAUAUCGGCGAGCUGAGGAAGAAGCACCCGGGAUUGAAGGACUUUGGGGAUUGGCUUGAACAGGAGAGUGAUUUUGUCAAGCGAUAGAUUAUGCUGGUGCCUAUUUUCGGUUCUACGGG